AUGGAUCGAAACGGUUCUUCUUCCGGUUCAUCUUCCGGUGGCUGGCGGUUCGCCCAGUGUUUUGGUGACAAAGGAGAUAUCGACGACAUUACUGAAGCUGAUAUCAUCUCCACGGUUCAAUUUGAUCCCACAGGUGACUACCUCGCUACGGGUGAUAAGGGAGGUCGAGUUGUCAUGUUUGAGAGAAGCGACUUGAGUGGUUCAGGUCGGAAGCAAGGGUGCGAAUAUCGCUUCCACACUGAGUUCCAGUCGCAUGAGCCAGAAUUCGACUAUCUCAAGUCUCUCGAGAUUGAAGAGAAGAUCAAUCAGAUUUGCUGGUGCAAGCGUCAAAAUGCUGCGCAUAUGCUUCUAAGCACGAAUGACAAAACUAUCAAGCUCUGGAAGGUCUUUGACAAGCCAUUAAACGGUGUGGCUGAGGGAAGUUUAGCGACAGGUGAAGAUCCUUCGGCCUUGCUCAUGUCUAGCGCGUCGCAUGGAGAGGACAAGCCAGGGAACACCAUAAACCCGAGCUUACUCAAGCUUGGCCAGCCCAACUCUGGUCUCCUUACCCCUAACCUCUCCCAAGCGCAGUCCCGCUUACUCCGCCUACCCCGCCUUGUGUACCAUGACACUAUUGUGGCUGCAGUCCCACGAAAAAUAUAUGCCAACGCUCAUGCCUAUCACAUUAACUCUCUUUCGGUUAAUUCGGAUGGCGAGACAUACAUUAGCGCUGACGACUUGCGCAUCAACCUUUGGAACUUGGGUAUCAGUGACCAAAGCUUCAACAUUGUGGAUAUUAAGCCCGUGAAUAUGGAAGAACUCACAGAAGUGAUUACGGCAGCUCAGUUCCAUCCUGUACACUGCAACGAGCUUGUGUAUUCCAGCUCGAAAGGCACCAUUAAACUGGCGGACAUGCGUGAAUCCGCUCUUUGUGACCGCCAUGCGAAGCUAUUUGAGGAGGAGGAAGAUCAGGCUAAUCGUUCCUUUUUCUCUGAGAUUAUUAGCAGUAUCUCUGAUGUCCGCUUCAGCCACGAUGGUCGUUAUAUCCUUUCGCGUGAUUAUCUCACCUUAAAGGUCUGGGAUGUGAAGAUGGAAUCUCAGCCUCUUGCUACCAUCCCUAUCCAUGAUUACCUUCGUCCCAAACUUUGUGAUCUAUAUGAAAACGACUGUAUAUUUGACAAGUUUGAGGGUAUUUGGGGCCCUAAGGACUCGACGAUUCUGACAGGUAGUUACAGCAACUACUUCCAUCUGGUGGACUGGGAAAGGGAUUCCAGCAUUGUGCUUCAAGCUGACAAGUCAGCCUUCAAGUCAAAGAAACUGGCGGCCAUGCAUAAGCCGGGCAACAAGGGUCAUGGUAUGGGCUCUGUCAAUGCAAACAAUGUGGACUUCAACAAGAAAAUUCUUCACGCGAGCUAUCAUCCUCAGGAGGAUACGAUCGCGAUUGCUGCUACGAACAACCUGUUCAUCUUUUCCGCGAACGGAACUUCGAGUUCAUAG